AUGAAACCAGGCAGCAUAAAGAUGCAGCAAUACAGUGCUACUUUACUGCUGUAUCACAGCCUCUCCAGCUUACAGGACUCUGCUUUGUCCACUAGUGGCAGUAAAAGAUAUGAUUUUUCCACAUGUCCUUCUUGCUCCCAGUCCAAUAUCCCAACUGUUGCUGGUUCAGCUGAAUGCAGCCAAGAAGAAAUACUAGAAGAAGAUACAAGCAGAGUUUCCCUUUCAUGGACAGAAGACAAACCAGGAAAAGCAGAUCCACCUGUCAUAACUGAAGACAUCCUACGUACCACAACUCUGCCAUAUAAUUCUGAUCUCCAGCUCUCCUCCACAGAGUCCUACAGCGUUCCUUCACUGAACAAAAUACCAAAGAACAACUCAACACAAGCAGCAAGCUCAACUGACAUGAAGUUAAAGGAGUUUACACCUGCCAUCGCUGCUGAUGAGUGUGAUGAUGAAACCUACCUGUUCCAGUGCUCCUGUGCAGGCCUGUACCAGUGCAGUGUGACCGGCCUGGUGUUUGUCAUGAAGGGAGAAGGAGACGUGGUUUACAGGACUGUCCCUUGGAACAGGAAGCUGCUGGCACAACACCACAAGAAGCCUGCAGGACCCCUGUUUGACAUCAAAUGUCAGCAGCAGUCUGUGUGUCAGCUUCAUCUCCCACACUGUGAGCUCAUCUCCACAGGUGGAGGUCAGUUCUUGCAGGUCGCUCAUGUGAAGGAUGAGGGCAUCGAGUUUAUUAGCCCUCACCAGAUAACAGAAACUCAUGUUGUUAUAAACAUCACAGGGUUUUCUGGUUACGGUAAUGUCAGGGAUGAAAACUCUCCCUGUGACCCAGUCCGAGCGUUGGUUCUGCUCUUCUACAAACUCCCAGUUGAUCCUGAUCUCACAUCCUUCCUCAGUGUCCUGUUGUUGCCUAAGAAUGUUGCUCUGCGGGAUGUGCUGCACACCAGGAAGAAACUAGUUGGAGAUGAGAGGUACAUAGAGACAUCUCCUCACUGUAAACUGCAUCCAAAGCAGGUUUACACUCUGUCUGUAGUUCCUGAAGAUGACUCUGUUCUAGUUCAGCCAAUAGAGGCUGAAUUUGAUGAAGAGUCCUAUGACAACUACUUCCCAUCCUUCCAGGUGAUUUUGGAAAGAAACAUGAACAAUAUUCAGUUAUUUAUUAGAGACAGCAUCAGCUCCCACAGCAUGUGGCAAAGACAAGUUUAUCUUUUGCCUUCUAGAGUAAAAUCGUUCUGUGGGCAAACACCUCCCAAUGAGAGGCUGUUAAAUGUACGGAGCUGUUUCAUCGAUGGGAUAUCAGCACCUGUUCUUAACAGCCUGCUGGACAAACUGCUGGAGAAAAAGGUGAUAACUGAUGCUGAGAGGGAGGAAGCAGACGUCAUGCAAAACAGAAGCAGCAGAGCUCGUUUUGUUGUCGACACUGUGAGGAAGAAAGGUGAAGCUGCCAGUUCACAGAUGAUUGAGUUUCUCAGUGAGCUUGACCUCUCACUCUGUGAACAUCUUGGGUUGGUCUGA